AGCACGUGUAGGCAACGAUUAGCCAAUCAGCUUGCCUGUUGUUGGCACGUGCGCCGCCGGCUCGGUGGUGGUUGACGCAAAAAAAAAGAUUAAAAAAAGGAAGCCACCACCAGAGGAGGUUACAGAUACCGGUGUUAUGGACCCCAGCGACGACGUUGAAACGGGGGAGACUGAAAGACACCCGGGACUGUUCUACGUACCCAUUCCCGAUGCGGCCCCGAGCAAGAAGGAACAGGAGAAACUUUCGGGGGUGGUUAAAAACGUCCACAGAAAGCUCCGCAGGAAAUAUAGAGAAGUGGGCGACUUUGACAAGAUCUGGCGCGAGCACUGUGAGGACGAGCAGACGCUGAGCGAGUACGCCCUCGCUAUGAAGAACCUCGCCGACAACCACUGGGCCGUGAACUGUGAAGGGGAAGGCCGAAUCGAUUGGUGUCGCAGUGUCUGCCAAGAGUACUUCCUGGAUGGUGGCAUGAAAAGAAUGUUGGAGAAGGAUGAGAAAAGCGCUUCUUUCGCCACAGGGCCGACUGAAGCAUCUGGAAGUUCGCGGCCACCCGGCUCUGUCCUCAGUCUGCUGACUCAGGUGGGGAAAAUGCGCCUCCUGGACGUGGGUAGCUGCUUCAACCCUUUCAUGAAGUUUGACGAGUUCCUCACCGUCGGUAUCGACAUUGUGCCUGCGGUCGAGAGCGUCUACAAGUGCGACUUCCUCAACCUUCAGCUGCAGCGGCCCCUACAGCUGGCAGGCGACUCAGUGGAGGCCUUCCUCCGCCAGCUGCACAACCCCAUCGACGCCCUGCCAGGGCAGCUCUUUCAUGUGGUGGUUUUCUCCCUGCUCCUGUCCUACUUCCCCUCGCCAUACCAGCGCUGGAUCUGCUGUAAGAAGGCCCAUGAGCUGCUGGAGUUGCACGGCCUGCUGCUCAUCAUUACGCCCGAUUCCUCCCACCAAAAUCGACACACACUCAUGAUGCGCAGCUGGCGCGUGGCGGUGGAGUCGCUGGGCUUCAAGCGCUACAAGUAUGUCAAAUACUCCCACAUGCAUCUCAUCGCCUUCCGGAAGGUGUCACUCGCCACCACCAGCGACCUGGUGUCGCGCAACUAUCCUGAGAUGCUCUACAUCCCGCAGGACUUCCACUCCUACGAGGAGGACGAGGGCAGCGAUGUGGCUGCACAGCCUCGCUCUGACUUUGAGGACGACCAGCUAGCUUGGGGCUUCGCUGAGCUGCCUGAUGCCUGCGACUCGGAUUCCGGGGAGAGCCAGAGCGGAUCCGUGCCUGGCUUUCAGGAGCUGGAGGACCCCAUCCUGCUUCAGAGCUAGGCCCCACCAGCGCCCCUUGGCCUCCUCUCUUGGAACUGCUGUCACCCCUUCAACUGCUGCCAAACUUAACCUGCUGCAUUGUCCUCUCCCUCCCUCUCCUCCAAGCGAUGCAGUUUGCACAGUGUGAAAGAGAGACGUUUACACAUUAUUUUCUCAUAACACUCUCUCCACAUAUAUUUUGAUUAAUGGCUCAACAUUUUUUGUAAACGUUGGAAUGUGAACGACCCCGAAGAUAUCCAAGCUUCUGCCAUCAUCUCCCAAACGUCUGCAUGCUGAACAUGUCAAAAAGAAAACAUCAACUGGCGUUGGGUGUGUGCUUGUGUUGACUGAACAAGCAAACUUUGAUGGGAGAGCUACGAAAAGUUGACAUUUUUGGAAAAGAAAAUGGUGUUCAGUGUUGAGUGUGAUUUAUUUUUUUUUAAUUCCCUGUAAUGCUUUAUGCAUCCUUAACAACAACGUAUUGGUAGCAUUUUAGGACUCUCUGGAGUAUUUUACUAAUGUUAGUGUGUUUCUCAUGGUGUCAACAAGGUACUGAUGUUUAAAACCCUUAUAUAAGAAUAACCAUGAUUUAGCUCAGAUAGGGUUUUUUUCUGGGGGGGGAUUCGAAAGCAAUGAAAGGACACAAACAAGCGGCUGCCAAACGGUGGUAUUCCUACCGUGUGAAGCAUCCUACGAAAACUUUGACCAUAUCCUGGUCUUCAUAGACCGAAAAUUCACCUUAAGCGAAAAUAUUUGCACUAGUUUGACCUCUGAAACAGGUGAGAGGAUUUUUUUUCAUAAGCAAUAGCUCAUCCGUAUGAUGAUGUUGCAAAGGUUUUAAGCUACUAGCCGAUGACACGUUUGUUGGGUUUGUGCGUGUGAAUGAUGGCGUACUGGCACUUUAGCACUGAUCCCAAAGGGCGUUGCGUCAUUGACCUAUUUUCUUACAAUGACAGAUUUGUAACCAGCACAAUGAAACAAAACUUUUUCUUCCCCAACCCUCUUCCAUUCCUUUAAAAAAAAAAAGGAACAACCACACCCACUUCCAAAAAGAUGUCACUCUGGAACAGCACACGAUAAACACUUCUUAUUGUCAUAUUGAGGGUUGACAGAAGACAUGUCCUUGAGCAGACUGCAAUACACUUUCAUAUCUCCUGUUUCAGUAGAGCAUCACAGUGGUUGUUAUUGAGUGAUGCAGUAGUCUUCCAAAGUGUUUCUUCUGGUUCAUUUGCAUGGUUCAUCUUUUAUUAUCAAACCCUUUCAACAGUGCAUAACGUGUGCUUCUUAUAUGGUUGUAUGCGUCUUUUAUAAACGAAUGUAAAUGCAAGGUGGUCUAUGUGUCUUCA